AUGUCAAACGGCACCAGACUUUUAUCCGUGGAAGACUGCCUGAAAGGUAUGUCAGCCAUGAGAGAAAGGCUUGAACACACAGCCAAGGAAGAAGACAUGGAGCUCGAUGUCCGAAAGCUCCACAGUGACUUUCGCGAUCUCCUUGGUGCCACCCUUGGCACUGCGCGCACCACCGGUCCCGGUUUGGGCAAAAUCAGGCGAGACAAAACCUUCGAAUAUUUCCGAGCGUUAGACCAGGAGAUGGCAAAUAGAGGAAGAGAAGUGGAAGAAGAUGUUGGGGAGGAGAAUGAGAGGUCAGACUCAUACUCAUUGCCUGACCUCACAAAGCAACAGCGUCGCUUGCUUGUCAAUCUUCCUGCCGAUUUCAUGGUCGUCAAUGAUGACUGGAGAUACAAAGUUCAUGAGUACUUCGGAGACGAAUUCAGCCAGCGCAUCCUCGAUCUUCAGAACGUCCCUCCCACAACCAGCGUCCCAAGCUUGAAGACUCAGCUAAAGCCCUGGCAAGCUACUGGUGCUGCCAAGAUCAACUUCUGCUGCAACGGACCGGAGCGUGGCUGCAUCUUGGGAGAUGGAAUGGGCCUCGGAAGGACCUUGACCUCACUCGCAUCCUGUGCACUGAACGAAAAAGAAGGAGAGCCCUACACCGGGUUCAAUCUUAUCUUGACAACGAGCACGUGCCUUAAUCAAUGGAAGAGCGAAGUGUCACUCAACUUCGGCAAGAAGAAGACCAUCAUCCUCACCGAUCACAGCAUGGGUGCAAUGCAGCUCUUGGAGCAGCGUCCUGUGUUCGUCAUCACCACGUAUCAGUUCGUUGUUGAUCAACUCCGCAGGCGCAAUGCGCACCUUGGCUAUCGCGAACUUAUCCUAAGGAGGGGCAAAGCAGCAGCCGACAAUAUCGUGACCAUGAACCACAUCCGCCAACUGCCUACACUAUCCCUGUUCUCUGACAUAUACCGAUACCUAACUGGCUACAUGGGAAUCAAACGUUUGAUUGUGGACAGGGCUCAGAACGUCAAGAACCUGAGCAGCCAGAUUCACCAGGCUAUCAAAGAACUUCGUUAUGAGUCGAUAAUUCUCAUCUCUGACACCUUCAUUGCGAACAGAUGGGACGAAAUCUACGGGUUGAUCGAUCUGAUGCCCUGCAAGCCUUUCCCGUCCGUUCACCACUUCCACCAUGUUUUCAGCGCCAAGGGCGGGACUGAAAUCGCCCGCUUCCCUGACCUUCAGCGCAAGGACGUACUGAUUAAGUAUUUGAUGUCUUUCACCAUUGCGCGUCCCGCUUCUCUGUUGCAACUUCCCAACGCGAAGAAGGAGAACAUCAGGGCUACCGACGAAGGCUUCUUCGCUGCUCUCCGCUAUCAAGAUGACCAGGCGCCGAAGAUUCCUCACAUCGACGUCAUCUACUGGGUUAUUGCGGGACUGGAAGGGCAGAGUACUUGA